AUGGCACGGCUGUGGCUGUCCUGCCUACUGCUUCCAGCCCUUGUCCUGUCUGUGGCAGCCAAUGUGGCCCCUAAGUUCCUGUCCAACAUGACGAAAGUAACCCUGCCCGAGGACCUACCCGUGGGUGCCGAGGCCUUCUGGUUGGCAGCCGAGGACCCGGACAAGGACCCUCUGACCUAUGGGAUCAGAGGCCCCAACGCCUACUUCUUCGCUGUCACCGCAGCCACUGGGAAAGUGGAUCUGAGCAGCCCGCUGGACUAUGAGACGCUCUCCUGGAUCCCAAUUACCAUCUCCGUGAGCGACGGUUACAACAACCCAGUGAGUGUGCAGAAGGAAUUUCAGGUGAUCCUAGAGGACAGAAAUGACAACGCUCCUGUUUUCCAGAACACCAAUUUCUUCGCCGACAUCAACGAGACCUUACCAGUCGGCUCCUUGGUAUUCUCAGUGCACGCCACGGACAAAGACACGGGGUCUGCAGGCCUCGUGCGAUACUUCAUAGAGGAGGUCAUCCCGAGCACCGGGGACAGCAAGUACCUCUUCAAGAUCCUGUCCAACGGCUCCAUCAUCCUCAAUGGCAGCCUCAGCUACAACAACAAGAGUGCUUCCUACCAGCUGAAACUGAAAGCCUGUGACUCGGGCGGCAUCUACAACAACGUUUUCGUCACCCAGUGCUCCGCCCCUGUCUUCCUGUCUUUCUCUGUGGUCGACGAGCCGGACCUGGACCCCCAGUUUGUCAGGGAGUCCUACUCGGCCUCUGUGGCUGAGGACGCACCCCAGGGAACCUCGGUGCUGAAGGUGGAGGCUGUGGAUAGGGACAGAGGCGUCAAUGACGCGGUGACCUACACUAUCUCCAACUCCACGAGGCCCGGCUGGUUUGACAUCGGGCCAGACGGGGUGAUCAGUGUCAGCGGCGCCCUAGACCGGGAGCAGCUGCUGGAGGAGGGCGAGGAGGUGCAGGUGCAGGUCACGGCCACCGAGGUGCACCCCAACAUCUACGGGCAGGAAGCCAAGGUGAGCACAUGGGUCACGCUGAGGGUGACAGACGUCAAUGACCACAAACCUGAGUUUUUCAACUGCAGUCUCCCGGCCUGCACCUUCACCCCCCAAGAAGCCCAAGUCGACUUUGCCGGCUCUGUGGACGAGCACUCCUCCGCCCGCAUCCCCAUCGACGGCCUCACCAUGGUGGUCCACGACCCAGACAAGGGCAACAACGGCACCUUCCUGCUGUUCCUGAGGGGCCCCGACGCCGCAGCCUUCAGCGUCUCCCCCGAGAAGGCCUCGGGCUCUGUGGACGUGCAGGUGCUGGUGAGCACCCCGGCGCUGGUGGACUACGAGGAGAAGACGGUGAUGCUGGUGCAGGUUGAGGCCAUUGACUCCGUCAGUAGGAACUCCUCCGUCGCCUCGGUGACUAUCCACCUUAGAGACAUCAAUGACCACAGGCCCACAUUCCCUCACAGCCAGUACAACCUCACUGUCUUAGAGCACAGUGACAAAGGCACGGUGGUCACCAACAGCAUCCAGGCCUUUGACCCUGACACGGGCGAGAGGGGCCGCAUCACCUACAGCCUGCUUCCCGGGCCUGGGACAGAUAUUUUUGCGGUGGAUCCAGACUCAGGGACAGUGACGGUGAAAAACAAAGAGCUGCUGGACAGGGAGACGCAGGCCGUGUACUACCUCACGCUGCAGGCCACUGAUGGCGGGAACCUGUCGUCCUCCACCACGCUGAAGAUCGACCUGCUGGACAUCAAUGACAAGAGGCCAGUGGUCAUCGGCUCCUACAACAUCUUUGUCCAGGAGGAGGAGGGCAAUGUCUCCGUGACCAUCCAGGCUCAAGAUGAUGACCAGCCGGGCACCAACAACAGCCGCCUGUACUUCAGCCUGCUGCCCAGCCCCUACAGCCACAACUUCUCAGUGGACCCUGACACGGGGCUCCUCAGAAACCUGGGGCCCCUGGACCGAGAGGCCAUCGACCCCGCCCUGGGCGGCCGAAUUGUGCUGACGGUGCGUGUGGCUGACUGCGGUGUGCCUGUCCUCAGCACUGAGGUCAACGUCACCAUCACGGUGGAGGACAUCAAUGACAAUCUGCCUGUCUUCAACCCGUCCAACUAUAUCUUCUCGGUGAAGGAGAGGGACUCAGGCGUGCUGGUGGGCGUGGUGAGGGCCUUGGACGCAGACCAGACGGAGGCCAACAACCGCAUCAGCUUCAGCCUGUCCGGGAGCGGCGCCAACAACUUCCUGCUCCAAGGCUUGGUGCUGGGGUCUGGGUGGGCUGAGGGCCGCCUCAAGCUGCCCUCUGACAUCAGCCUGGACUACGAGACCCAGGCCUCCUUCAACCUGACAGUGAUUGCCGAGAACCCGGACCCCCAGGGGGCCAGCGCCACAGCAGAAGUCUUUGUGCGUGUGGAGGACGUGAAUGAUGAGCCGCCCACCCUGAGCCCAGCCUCGCUCCGGGGCAUCCGUGUGGCUGAGAAUGGCUCGCAGCAUGGCCUGGUGGCCACGGUGGUGGCCCAUGAUGUGGACACCAGUGCCCAGCUGGAGGUGCAGCUGGUGAAUGUCAUCUGCACCAAGGCCGGCGUCGACGCGGGUGGCCUGUGCCACGGCUGGUUCUCUGUGCUGGCCAACGGCUCUGUGCUUGUCAAUCAGAGCGAGGCCAUCGACUACGAGACCUGUGACCUGGUCACGCUGGUUGUGCGGGCCUGUGACCUCGCGACGGACCCCCGCUUCCAGGCCUACAGUGACAAUGGAAGCCUCCCCAUCACCAUCGAGGACAUAAAUGACAACGCGCCGUACUUUCUGCCCGAGAAUAAGACUUUCGUGAUCAUCCCAGAACUGGUGCUGCCCAACCAGCAGGUGGCCUCUGUGCAGGCCAGAGACGAGGACUCAGGGAGGAACGGGGCCAUCCUGUUCUCCAUCCUCAAAGUGGAUUUCGUCACGAAGGAUGGGGCCACGACCCCUUUCCGGGGCUUCUUCCGGGUCUCCACCUCUUCAGAGGCUGAUGUGUUCAUUGGCAACAUUGAGCUGGUGACCAGCCUUGAUUCCACUCUCCAAGGCACCUACCAAGUGACUGUCCGGGCCCAGGACAGACCGUCAGUGGGUCCUGCCCUGGAAGCCAACACCACCCUGAACCUCUUCACGGUGGAUCAGAGCUACCGCGUGAGGCUGCAGUUCUCCACGAGCAAGGAGGAAGUGGGCGCCAACACCAACGAGAUUAAGGCGGCUCUCGGCCAGGCGACCAGGACAACCGUCUACAUUGUGGACAUCAAGGACAUAGAAUCCACGGCGCGGGCCCGGGGCCGCUCCUACCUCGAUGCCUACUUCGUCUUCCCGAACGGGACAGCCCUGACGCUUGAGCAGCUGAAUGUGGUGGUCCGGGAGGACCAGGACUCGCUGACACAGCUGCUGCAGCUGGGGCUGGUGGUGCUGGGCUCGCAGGAGGAACAGAAAUCGGACGAGCCAAAGCUGCUCCGCAGUGUCAUCAUAGGACUGGGAGUGGCUUUGGUGCUGGUCAUCGUGAUCAUGACCACGGCCUUCGUGUGUGCCCGAAAGAGCUACCGCCGGAAGCUUCGGGCUAUAAAGGCUGCCAAGGAGGCCCGGAAAACAGCAGCAGGGGUCAUGCCCCUGGCCCCCGCCAUCCCCGGGACUAACAUGUACACCGCCGAGCGGGCCAACCCCGUGCUGAACCUCUCCACCAAGGACCUGGGCUUUGAGUCCCAAUCUUCCUCCAGUGACACGGACCAUCUCAGCCUCAACUCCCUGGACGAAAACUCUGUGGAUCUGGAAAAGAGCAAACAGGAAAUCAAGGAGCGGCAGCACAGUCCGGUGGAGCCAGAGGCAGAGGCCCUGAGCGUGGUGCUGUCUGGAAGGCCGCAGGGCACGGGUGGGCAGCAGAAGGAGCUGUCCUUCACCAACGCUGGCCUGGACACCACAGACCUGUGA